AGCAGUUGCACAAUUGUUGCUUCGUUCCUAUAUCAGUUUCCCAUUGUAGUGGAAAUAUUGAUCUCAAAAAUCUAUACACUUUAUUACUCUAAAAUCUCAAUGUAUAGUAAACCCUUGUUUUUUAAACACUUUAAUUCUAAACCACUUUUACAGACUCUGUUACACUAUCUGUCUGCAUCGAUGUUUACAAACACUUUAAAAGCAUGCUGGAGUUUGAGUUCCCGUACAACCCUUCGUAGAUGUAUCCAACCAGAGAUAUUCUCGCAUCAUGUAAAUGCUCCCAUACGCACAACAAAGCUAUUAGGUUCAAAUAUAACAAAUUCACGUCACAUUUCCUCCAUCACGUCUCUUACCUCAUCAUUUAAUAGUUUAAUUCUACAAGGAAGUACAACUACAUCAUUUUCAAAAGUUUCAGCUGAUAAUACAGUUCACCCCAUUUUUCUAAGAGUGCUUCCACUAAUGAAUUCAACUCCACAAUGCCGGACAAUUACACGUGUUAGCCAGAGAGGAGGAAAAACAAAGUCGUCCAAAAUGGUUCUUCAACGAUUUCGAAGACUUGGUAAUGGAUUGUGGAUUCAUAGACAGCUUGGGUAUAAAAAGAAAAUAUGGAAAAAGCUUUUAAAAACUAGAAGCUCCGCUAUUAUUUGGAGAUUACGACGUCAUGUUAUUUGUAAUCAAGAACAGAGUGAACUACUCGAUAAACUAGUUACGCCAUUUUGGAAGAAACAAAAAUGGUAUGUAGAUGAUCCAUACAAGGGAUACACUGAAGAAUCAUUGUUCUAUUACCAUCCUUCUCAAUUACCUGGUAAUACCACCAAUCAACUACGUGACCAUGACCGGUAUGCCAUUCGACGUAUAGCUUCUGGGAAAGUACUAAAAAAGCAAAGAAAGAGCAGGACUGAAGGAGAAAAUAGAUAUCGAAGACAAAAACCAAUUCCCAAUGCAAAUCAGUUGCUUGUGUGAUUAACAUUCAUAAAUGAAUUUACAUUGCAACUGUUGUUGUUUAUUGAAAGGUUAAUAUAUUUGUAGGUAAAGGGUAAAAUAUUGCUACAGAAGCUGUAAUAGAAUUUUGUGAAUGUAAGAGAUUUAUUGAAU